UAAAUAUGUUUGCAUAUCUGACUAAGAAGAUCGGUAUGCCGAAUAGCACGAAGCUCAAAGCAAUUGGGUGGAACCAAGAAAAGGGCUGGAUCUCGUGCGGAGGUGAAAACAAUUUGCUCAAAGUCAUAAAGCUGGAGUCAGGAAAAGGAGAAGGAGGAGGUAAUCUCUCUAUGAACCAAACUCUCAGUGGUCAUAGUGGCACUGUCGAUCUAGUCUGAUGGAACGAAAACUACCAGAAGCUUACUACUAGUGACGAGAAGGGACUUAUUAUUGUGUGGUGUGUACAUAAGGGUCAAUGGUACGAGGAAAUGAUCAAUAAUCGUAAUAAAUCUAUUGUGAAAGAUAUGAAGUGGACCUCAAAUGGAGAGAAAAUCUGUAUUAUCUAUGAAGACGGUGCUGUUAUCGUUGGAUCCGUGGAGGGUAAUAGGCUUUGGGGUAAGGAACUAGAUCAUGAAAUAUCGAAAAUUGAAUGGUCACCAGACUGUAAACUUAUUCUUUUUGGAACUCCCAAUGGUGAUGUUGUCUGUCAUGACUAUGUUGGAAAUUUCUUAUUCAACAUUAAGCUAUUUUGAUUCGAGUCUGGCAGUCCUCAGUCAGGCCUUGCUGAUAUUCAAUGGUUUGAAAGCAGCAAAGUUGGAUACUCAUAUGGACAUAUUGAUAAGAAGGGAGGAGCUCUUUGCUUAGCAUACGAAUCAGGGGAAAUUCAAUUGAUGAGAAAUGAGCAAGAUGAUUAUCCAAUCGCGUUCCAUACUGGGCUUCAGAUUGUCUGAGCUAGAUGGAACACUAACGGUAAUGUCCUAGCUGUGUCAGGAAUCUUGCAAGAUGGUUAUGAAAAGAAAGCAGUAGUCAACUUUUAUAAUAAUGUUGGAGAUCACUUGAGAACGCUCAGAGUUCCUUCAUCCUCAGGAGUUAUUGAGUGUAUUAGUUGGGAAGGAUUUGGUCUUAGAAUGAGUCUUGCGGUUGAUUCUGCUAUUAUUUUUGCGAAUAUUCAGCCAAACUAUCUUUGGUCUUAUUUCAACAAUACAUUAGUAUUUGCUUUUCAAAAGCCUGAUAAAAAUGAUCUCACAAUCGUAUUCUGGGACUCUGUAGUUAAUGAAAAGCAUGUCAGGACUAUGAAAGGACUCCAACAUGUCUGUGCAGCAGGAGAAUACUGUGUCCUCGUUUCAGAAAUCGAAGAGUCAAAAGGAGAAUAUAUCCUCGUGCUAUCAAACGCCGUCGGUUGUCCAGUCGACUCCAAAACAAUCAACAUCAGCCCGAAGUAUGUUGCGAUGAACACGACUCAUGUGAUUGUUUGCUCUGACGACACUGUGUAUUACUGGCAGUACAGAUCUCAGUAUUCUCAAGGAGUGUCGCUCGAAAGUGAGAAAAAGAAAAGAGCUGGUAAAGAAAGCGCUUUCCACAUUGAUGAGAUCCCGAACCCAAACACCAUCUACGACAAGUCUCGCUGGAAAGGCUUCAGUCAAGACGUCCAAGACCCAAUUUGAUCAGUUGCUGCUGGCAAAGAUGGCUUCAUUGUUGGAAGAGCCAGUGGCCAAGUGUACCAAUACGCAUUGCCUUACAUCCAGAGAAACGAAAACAAGUUCGUGCUGAAAUGAAAACCUCAGACACUUUCUCUGAACUGUGACUGUACCAAGUUCGCAAUUAUCGACAUCAACGGAGUUCUGACGUUCUUCGACAUAGAAGAGUGUCCUCCAGGCACCAAAGUGCCAGGAUACCACAAGCCAGAAGAAAAGAAAGAAGUCUGGUCUGUAGUGUGGAGUUCUGACAACCCUGACAUGUGUGCCCUCAUGGAGAAAAACAGAAUGUUCGUCAUGAGGAACUUCAAGCAAGAAGAGCCUAUUCUGAGUUCAGGUUAUCUGUGUCGCUUCUCUGACCUCGAAGUCAAAGCGGCGCUACUCGACGACAUCUUGAAGGCCCCAGAAGACAUCAAGAACAUUGGAGACUUCAUAGAGUCUUACGAGUGCAGGUCUUUGAGAGACACCAGAGACCAUCUGACCACGAUCAGUCUCAAAGACGCUGUUGAGUUCGUCGACCAGAACCCACAUCCCCGCCUGUGGAAGCUGAUUGCAGAGGCUGCACUCGAGAAGCUGGACUUCGCAGUUGCAGAGAAGGCCUUUGUCAAGAUCGAAGACUACCACGGAAUCAAGUUCUUGAAGGCCCUCAAGAAGAUCGACGACAAGUACAAGCAGAAGGCCGAAAUCUGAGCUUACUUCAACAAGUUCGACGAGGCCGAACAGAUUUAUAGGGAAAUCGACCGGAAGGACUUGGCGCUGGAGCUGAGGAUGAAGCUGGGAGACUGGUCCAAAGUUGUCACACUCAUCGAGCAAGGAGUUGGGGAUGAUGAUAUCCUCAAGGAAGCUUAUAACAGAAUGGGUGAAUUCUGUUCCGAUAAACAGAGAUGGAAUAAGGCCGCAUACUAUUUCCAGCAAGCUAAUAAUUAUGAAGCUCUUAUUGAUGUAUAUUACAGACUCGAACAGUUUAGUAACCUUGACAGGCUUAUCGAGGAUAUCCCUCAAAAUUCUGAAUAUCUGACUAUGCUUGCUGAGAAAAUGCAGUCAAUCGGUUUGUGAGAAGAAGCAGUAAAAGUAUAUAUUAAAGCAGGUGAUGUUAAGAAAGCUAUCGAUUGUUGUGUAUUAUUGAAUCAAUGGAACCUUGCAGUUGAACUUGCUGAGCAACAUAACUUCUUAGCUAUUGAGCAACUUCUAGCAAGAUAUGCUACUCACUUGAUUCAAAAAGAUAAGAAAAUGGAAGCAGUUGAAUUAUACAGAAAAGCUAAUAAGAAUACAGAAUCUGCAAGACUUUUGGCAGAGAUUGCUAGCAAGCUGCAAGCCCAAAGAGCUCCUCCACUCAUGAUCAAGAAGAUCUAUGUGCUUGCUGCAUUUGAGAUUGAUUCGUAUAAACAAAGAGUCUUUGAUGCUUCUCUGACUCAAAUAACAGGAGGUGGCAAUACAGCUGAAGCUACUGCAAAGACAUUGAAUUCAUUGAUCACAACAGAUAUUAACACUAGUGCAGAUAAGGCUCUCAGUAAUCCUUGGAAGGGAGCUGAAGCCAUUCAUUUCUAUUUGCUUUGACAGAGGCAAUUAUACCAAAAAGAGUACAAGAAGGCAAUGAAGACUUCUAUCAGAUUAAUGGAUUAUGAAAGAGAGAUUGACACAAGAGAGGUUUACAGUCUUGUAGCUCUUUCAUCUUACUACAAUAAGUGCUACAGAGAAUGCUCUAAAGCAUUCGCUAUUCUUGAGAGACUUCCAGAUCUUAGCACUAUUGAAAGAGAAAAGUUUGAAAAUAUUGCUCUUAGUCUUUUCUCAAGACAUGCUCCUAAGGAUGCUGCUCAGGUAAAGUUCCCAUGUCCUAAAAAGAACUGUGAUGCUCAAAUUAGUGAAUAUGAUACUGACUGCAAGAGAUGCGGUAGCUUCUUCAGUGCAUGUAUUGCAAGUGGGCAGAGUAUUUUAGCUAAAGAGUAUUAUACUUGUAAGACAUGCAAGCACAAGGCUCUUCAUAAAGAGCUAGUCUAUCUCAAUCUAAAGCAUUGUCCUCUAUGCCACGCCUUAGUUGUUAAUCCUAAGUAAAGAAUGAAGAUCGAUCUUGAAGAGCAAAUUUAGACAAGUAAUAUACCCAUAACGCACUUCAAGAAGUGAAAUUCCAGAAUAAUUCAAUAA